CGGCUACAGAUGUAUAUCGUUUCCAUGAGCCGGCCAAAUACUCCGGCACAAAAGGCGAUAGGAAACAACAGGUUUUAUUCCGUCCUGCAGCAAGGAGAAGAAAGAAGCAAAUUAAUGGUAGCCCACCACACGUUAAAUCCACGGUUUYCCAAGGCAAAGUGCAAAAUAUAGAAGCCACCUAUAUUCGUCAGUCGCAACUCAUAUUAUCAUUACUAUGCCUACYGAAGUUAUAGCAACACUAUCCAAUCAGCAACGUCCACAAGAUGACGCCAGGAAAAAGAAAACAUGGAUGUCUUUCAUUCAAGAUACGGACAAUGAGUUGGACAAAUGUACCGCUUGGAGAGUGUGUUUCUGUUGUUCUCUGGCCAGUAUGAUCAACUUGGGAAGUGCUUACACCUAUGGGCUCUUUUUUCCUUCUAUUCUUGAUGAAUUCCAGGCUGGAAAAGCAGCGACAGCCCUUGCCGGAUCAGUCACUGUGGCUCUUUCGGCUUUACUUGCACCAAUUGCGUCAAAGCUUUGUGACCGCUUUGGCUGUCGGUUAACGAUGAUAGGAGGUGGGCUAACAACCGCUAUUGCGCAACUUGGUUCAUCGUUUGCUCCGAAUGUCUACGUUCUCUUACUCUCUUACGGCGUUGGAUUUGGCUUUGCUUCUUGUUUAGUCUUCAUUUCAGCCAUGCAGAUUGUUCCCCUGUACUUUAAUCGACAUCGGUCUCUUGGCUUGGCUAUUCUGAACUCAGGCAACGCGGGCGGGCUUCUAUUCAUGACACCUGUCAUUCAAAAAUUAUUGGAGCAUUUUGAUUGGAGGAAAGCAAUGAUGAUCUUGGCUGCACUGAACACGCUGCCAUGCUUUUUGGGAUGCAGCAUCAAUAGAAAAAUGAAGCACACAUCACAAAACACUCGAGAUAACAGUCAGACGAAGCUGACUAAACAAUGGACAAAGCUGCUUAAAACGUCGGUGCUGAUGAACCCAGUGUUCAUGCUGUUGUGUCUAACAAUGUCAGUAGCUUGUCUUGGUUACAUCAUGCCGUCAAUACAUUUGGCGAAGUACGCCGAGGAUCUUGGAAUCCCAAUCAGUAGCUCAUCAUGGAUGUACUUCGCCAUCGGCAUUGCAUCUCUCAUAUCUAGGAUCCUUACCGGCAAGUUAUGCGACACUGGCUGGAUCUCUCACCUUUGCAUCUUUCAGCUUGCAGUAGUGGUAUUUGGAAUCAUCGACGUCUCGUUGCCAUUGGCUACCAGUCUUACUUUCCUCAUUGUAUAUUCUGUGAUGUAUGGGAUAUGCGAGGGUGUGAUCAUGACCUCGAUGCAUAGUUAUAUCCUGAUAACUUUCCCUGGUAUGGGCUUUGGAUGGUACUGUACCUUCAUGGGUUUAAGCUACUUGAUCGGUCCUGUGUUCGCAGGCGUAAUAGCAGAUUUUAGUGGUUCUUACCAUCCUGCCUUUAUCACUGCUGGUGUCUUCCUCUUUGUCUCUGCGUCUUUGCCUCUUUUCAUGAGAUUCAUUCAUAAUACUAGCACACCAGAAGAGGUCAAGCUGAAAGAGUCAACAGACAAAGAACUUGUAAUACUCGAGAAAAUGACUGUACUAUAGUAAUCAUUCGCAAUACGCUUUCCCACUUUAGGCCGAAUAUACACUGUACUACRUUUUACUUGCAUUGAAAUUUUCAAAUUUGUAUUUUUUCAUGAGAAUAGUAAAACAAAUGGUGCUAAUCAACUGAACAGAAAAAAGUGUGCAAGUAGUUGUGGUUAACGCGACACCAUAAUGACCAUAAUGAAAAUGUGCUAUUUAAAACUUCAUACUUAAAAAGUCAAUGCAACUCUUCCAGAAACAAAGUUUGGGCUACCUGUGUUGUGGACCGAUGAUUCGGCAGUAGAGUUUUCAUCGCACUAAGAAAGAAGAUCCUUAAAAAGGACAAAAAAGCAAAUGUCUGAACUAAACUGAAUCAUACUCAUAUUUAAAACUUCAUACUUAAAAAGUCAACACAACUCUUCCAGAAACAGAGUUUGGGCUACCUGUGUUGUGGACCGAUGAUUCGGCAGUAGAGUUUUCAUCGCACUAAUAAGGAAGAUCCUUUAAAAGGACAAAAAAGCAAAUGUCUGAACCAUACAUAGAGUCGAAGAUAUUAGUCAUUCAGAGGCUAAUUUAAGGAAACGACUGGGUCGAGUUGGCAUUACAGUGCAUUGUGGGACCAUUUUAGAGGACAUAUUUCCAAGAUGGCGUUUUCGUCUCCUAAAAAAUUCCCAUAAUGCACUGCAAUGCUAACUCGACCCAGUCUUUUCCUCGACGGUUCUGGCUCAACCUCGGAUUGGCUAAUAGUCAGAAUUGAUGGUAAA